AUGUUGGCAGAUCAGGCUUACUUGGCAGAUUGGGAGAAUGCCUUGGAGACUCUUGAAGAGAUGAAGACCUUCAGCAUCAGUCCUGAUGUGACCAGCUACUUUGCCUGCAUUUGUGCUUCUCGAAGGGCCAGCGCUUGGCAGUCUGCGUUGUCUCUCCUCCAGGAGGCUUGGAAUGUGGACUUGGAGCCCACUGUGGAGUGCUACAGUCACACGAUCCGUGCCUGUAGCCACCAUGAAAUUGCCUCGAAGCUGCGGGCGGAGCUGAAGCACUGGGGGGCAGCGCCGGAUCAUGUGGAUGGUGUGGCCUUGGAGAUCGCUGCGCGGCAGAGGGAACUACGUGAGGCUGGCUGGAGGAUCAUCUCGGUCGAGCCGCACGUGGUGUCCACCUUGCGGAACAAAGCCAGUAUGCUCGAAUAUGCCAAGGAGAAAGGCAUUGGUGCUUCAACCCCAAGGUGCUUUGGCACUGCAGGGGAGGCGGAAUAUCCCUGCAUUCUGAAGCCAGAGCUGGGGACCUUUGGGAAGGAUACCCACGUGGUUCGCUCCGAGGAGGAGGUGGACCGACUCACGCGCGGUGAGGGAUUGGCUCCCAAGUGGGUUCUGCAGGAGUUGGUGCCCGGGCGCCUGGAAUAUUCAAUCACUUUGCUGGUGCUGAAGGGCGUGGUGGUGGACUACGUCAACACCUUGUACGAGUACGAUGGUGAGGAAUAUGUUUGGCCAUUCGUUAAGGAGGUGCGGCACGAGUAUGUAUCUGUUCCUCAAGCUCAUCUGGAUGUCAUGAGGAUCCUGUUGUCAGAGUUCAGCGGCAUUUGUUGCCUGGGUUGCUUGGACGUGGUAAGCUACAAACUCCGUGGGGAUGGCAGCCUUUGCAUCUUCGAAGUGAACCCUCGCAUCGGUGGAGACCUGGUCUUCGAGUGCCCGAAGCCACGUGCGCGAGCACUCUUUGAGAAGCUGGAUGCCAUGUUCGAUGAGACCUCCAACCACCGUGGCCUGGAGCAGAUGGGCCUCGUCGAGGCGGAGGAGCUGCGGCGUUUGGCCGCUGGACCACCGGUUUGGCAGGUGGCCUCCAACUGUCGUGUGCGGAGCUUGAACGAGGUGAACCCUCAGCUUUGGCUCGAUCGCUACAACAGGACGCCCUCGUCGGAGGCUUGGCCGGUGAAGGUCCAACUCUUCCAUUGUCCCAAGCACGUGCCACUGGCGAUUCUCACAGUGCCCAAGUGCGGGACCACAUCGACCAUCAACUGGGUCUUGCAGAUGGAAGGAUUGGAGCAGGUCCGGAGUAUCUACCAGACAGGGAAAGCCUUCUUGCACCAUGCAGGCCCUGGGGAGUUCUCCCAGGCGGUGAAGCGGCAGCUGGAGUUCGUGGCCUCGAAGGGGAAGAUUCCGGAGGAGAAACUUUUGGACAAAGACUUCGCCAGCCUACUCAUGUACAGGGCACUGCACCGCUACAAGCCGGGCUUGGAAGGCUAUGAUCCCUCUGUCACGGUGGAACGGGAGUUCCUGCCGCCGGCGCACCUCUGCCCGUUGUGUUGCCUCUAUGGCCGGCAGCGACAGCACGUGGUGCUGGCCCGCAAUCCGUUCGUCAGGUUUUGCCGCUCUCUUUCUACUUUGAGGCUCAUGUCCUACUUCCGCUUUUCCUGGCUAAACAACGCAUACUGGGGCAGCCACAAGUGGACCAGCUGGUCCGGCUUUGCUGAUUAUUAUCAGUUUGUGUUGCGGGUCCGCGAUUCCAAGCCAGGGCUGUUUGCGAAUGGCUUGGACUGGGUCCAGGAGUCGCACAACUUCUGCAAGCAGGCCGACCUAAGUCGGGUGCCUGGUACAGCACUACAUCCCUGGAUUUGUCGGACGACCUACUACACCCUUUCGGCCUACGAUGUCUUCCAUCUCCGUCCAGUGAGUGACAUGGUGAAGGAUGAACGCUUCUUGGCAGGUCCUGCGGUGAUGGAGGACGUUCUUGUGCUACACUUGGAGACACUUCAAGAGGACAUCCUUACGCUUGAGGACUCCUUGUGCCGGAGGCUCUCCUUCUGCGAGAAGCUGCCGCCCUUCCCAUCGGUGCUGCCAGGGAAGAACAUCCGCGACAGCGCGGUAGAAGGCAACACAAAGGAGCACUGCGGCUUCAAGGAGGCAACCAUGAGCUGGCGAAACUGCUCGGCUCCUCCCUGGCUUGAGUUGUGGGAGGCGCCGUUGACCGCGAUGGUGGUGCGGCACUAUCGUGAGGACUUCCAUUGGCUAGGCUAUUCCACGAACCCAGUGGCAGAGCCACAAGAGGCCUUGAAAUACCUCCGGCAGAUGCAGCAGCAGUCCAUGAGGCCCAACAUUUUGGCCUGGACCUCAUUGCUGGGGGCCUGUGCGGCCAACGGAACGCAGGAGGCCUUGGCUUUGGCCAAGAAAAGCCUCCGAGAGAUGCGAGCUGCCAGGGUGCAGCCCAACGAAUACACCUUCAAGGCAGUCGAGAAGAUGUUCGGCCCCGCCACGGCCACAGCGCUCUUGGGCUCUCGUCUCGCAGAGGUGAAGUCGUCGGGGGUGGAACGUGCAGCCUCGCAUCAAGCGACGCCGGAGCAAACCGAGGGCACCGUGGCCGCUGGCGGUCGGAAGGCCCAGAGGUUUGGACCGUGGCCGCUGGCGGCACAGCAGCGGCAGCAGUCACAAGGGUCACAAGGCCUGCCCCUUGAAGAUCCCAGCGAAAAGGACCUCGAGAGGCUUUUGUAA